AUGAUUCUACCCUAAUUAAAAGUGAAGGAUCUUCAACAGAUUGAUUCAGCUCGUUACAUGAGAUUCAUGUAAAAUUAAAUAGCGGUGAUGCUUCAAUUAAAUAAUCCAAAAAAAUUAGCAAUGGCCUAACCAUCCAAGUAUAUUGAGCUCAAGGAUUCAUCAAAACUAACUCAAUCACUCGUCGUCUCUAAGGGAGCAAAAAGUAGUGAUUAAAAGAAGGUUGUAUUAUUGCCAACCUUAAUCCAAAAUUAUUACAUAUACUAUUUAGGAACUGGUAACAACCACUAAGUAGUUCAAAGGGUGCUCUCUAAACGAAAUGAAUGGAUGUUCACAACCAAUAAGAAUGAUUCAUCAAUAAAUUUUAGGUGGUCAUUGUAUUCAAAAGGGUAUUAGUAUGAUAAACUUGUAUCAGGCAAUAAGGUCAAGUAGGCAGUCAAUCAUUUUGAGUUUCAUUCAGAAAUAUCAUAGAAAAGCUAUCUCUUUAAGAAUCUCCAACAUUAUUGUGAAGAAAACCAAAUAGAUAUCAUGACUUUCGUUCCUUUAACCUUCGUUUUAGAUUUCACUAACGAAAAGGCAGAUAUGAGUUUAUUACAAUUUCUUUAAUAUUACGAAAGCAAUGCUCCCUCAUCUAUUAAAUUGAACGAUACGCAGAAUAAAUUUUAUAGUAUAAGACGUUAUCUCAACACUUACAUGCAAAUAACUGAUAAGUUUGUUUAAAUUAACAAAUCUAAGAUCCCUAGUACCUUCUUAGGCAAUGAUUACUUAUGGAUUUUGAAGCCAACACAAUAUAAUUGUGGAAGAGGUAUACAUGUGAUCAAAGAUUUGGAUUAAAUGGCUCAUCUGCUUAAUCAAUAUAUCACUGGCAAGCAAUAAAAGAAGGAUGGCAAAAUCAUUAGAUCAAAAUAAAUUGUCAUUCAAAAAUAUUUGGAAAAACCAUUAUUAAUUAAUAAUCGCAAAUUUGAUAUCAGAGUCUGGGGAUUACUGAACUCAGAUCUUGAAUUCUUUUUUUUCGAACAAGGAUAUAUCAGAAUGGCAUCUGAAGAAUACACUACCAAGGAUGUAUAAAAUUAAUAUGUGCACUUAACCAAUAAUGCUAUAUAAAAGCAGAGUCCAAAUUAUGGGAAAUUGGAAGAUGGAAAUCAGUUAUCAUUUGAUUAAGCAGCAGCAUACUUUAAAAGUAAAGGAGACUUCUACAAAUUGAUAGUAGAGAAUAUUAAACAAAUUUCUCUUAGGGCAUUCCAAUCGACUAGAAAGAAAAUCAAUUUUUUCGGAAGGAGAUACUGUUUCGAGAUAUUUGGAUUAGACUAUAUGAUAGAUGAUGAUUUUAAGGUUUGGCUUAUUGAAAUUAACUCAAAUCCUUGUUUAGAAGAAUCCAGUCAAUUACUGUAAGGACUUAUUCCUCGAAUGCUUGAUGAUGCAUUUUCAUUGACUUUGGAUCAUUUAUUUCCAGUUACUAAAAAGUAGAUUGUUUUUUCUGUCCCAAAUUAUUCGGAUAAUCACAAUAUGUGGCAAUGGCUAGGCAAUUUGUUUUGA